CUCAACAGCCCAUCGCUACCUCUGCUACGUGGCUGAAGAGGAGGGACUAGAUCGCGUGGUUGCAAUUCACAAUUAAAAAGGAGAACGUAAGAAGAAGUCAAAGUUGAUCGAUUUUGUCAUCGUCAAUUCUAGUGUCCUCGUGUGCAACGACAGUAAUGGAUUUGGGACUGCACUAAAAUUAGGAAACGAGUACGCGGUAUUGAUGUCGAAGUGUGCGACUUAGAAAACUUACUACAGUAUUUUACCAAUUACUGCGCGUGUGUAUUUUAUUUAUUUUUAGUAAGUGUAAUGUAAUAUCUCCAGCACAAUUAAAACGACAGAAAUGAAUUUAAAAAGAUCAGUUUUCCUGGAUGACUAUACAGCAUACGGUAUCUGUACUGUAUGUAUAGGAAGUGUUUUAAUAAACAUUAAUUUCAUAAUGCUCUCUAACUACCUAAAUACAUCUCGCAAAUUAAUGACAUGUAUAUGCUUCUGGGCACUUUAAAAGAUGAAAAGCAAGUUUUCUGCGCUUGAGCCAACACUUCCGGUAUUAAAUCAACUACAAUUCCCAUGAGUCAUUUCGACGCAAAAAAGCCUAACAGGUCCGAAUAUACUGUACGUACUGUGUUCCGUGUCAUUAUCUGAACCUCAAUGAACCUCCUGUUAAUAUAAAAUUUAUACAACAUUGUAAAGAAAAUUCUUCAAAGGACAUUGCCAACAAGAAUUGUAGGAACAAUUCUGAGGUAUUUUCGUGUCAUCGCGGGAUUUCAGGCUUCCGGUAACUACGAGAAAGAGCUAUCCAGGGUACUGCCACUAUGGCUGAUCAUAAAGUGUCCUGUAGCAAUGUCCCAGAGCGGCAUACCCUGCUGCAGGUGUCCGACUCACAUGGCCUUCAGUUGCUGGCUGUGCUCAGAUCGUUUCGAGAGCGAGGUCUUCUGUUCGACUUCACCAUAAAAGUUCAAGAGCGCAGUUUUCCCUGCCAUCGCUGUGUUCUUUCUGCAUGCAGUGAUUUCUUCAGGGCCAUGUUUGAGGCGGAUAUGCGAGAACGUGAUGCUGGUUCAGUCACCUUAUGUAACCAGUGUCCAGUUGUGGUGGGCUCCUUCCUGGACUUUGCCUACUCUGGCGAGAUUCUUAUCACAGAUGGAAACGUAGACUCGCUAUUUCAGCUUGCUUCAUUUUUACAGGUAUCAGUUCUGUCCAGAGCGUGUAGUGACUUCUUGCUGGGAACGUUGGAUCUUGGCAACUGCUUGUCACUCUUGUCCCUUGCUGAGGCGUAUGGCUCCGUCACCCUCCAUCAAAGUGCCACUGACUUUGUGAUUCACAACUUUGAUAACCUUUCCAUCACACAAGACUUCCUGGAUAUGCAGGUGAAUGUGUUGGAGGAAUGCCUGAGGUCAGACGCCCUUGGUGUGCCCAGCGAGGAGGCUGUGGUGAUGUCACUUCUCAGGUGGAUACGCCAUGAUAUUCCUGUGAGACAGAAAAUGCUACCUAGACUGUUAUCUCUCACCAGGCCUCACCAUCUACCUCCACAUGCACUUCAGACCCUUCUUGAAUCAGAUACAUUGUUGAGCAGCGAUGAGUCCUGUGUGGUUCUCCUCUCAGAGGCUCAGAGCAGACAGAGUCAGCACAGCGGACUGUUCACCGACGCCAGGCCUGCCACCACACAGAGCUACAUUUACAUACACAAGACAGAAGAGAACGGAGAGAUCUGCAACUCUUUCUGCUACUGUCUAGCAACAGACCAGUGGAAAGAGCCUGCCAUGGGCCACAGGGAGGGGGUAACAGCAAUGCCAGACCCACCAGGCUCCCACCUGACUAGCUAUGCUGAGAAGAUGUUUGUCACAGGUGGUUGCCGUGGAAACUGUCGUCGAGCAGUGCGCCUCCAUGUGGCAGAGCCUUUCCAUGAUGCUACCAAUGAGGUAUGGUGCUUCUGUCCAGUGACAAGAACCAGCACACCCGCUCCGGCCAUGCUAAACCCCCGAACCAUGCACACAGCCGUGGUCUGUCUUGACCGCGUGUAUGUCAUUGGGGGGCGGACAAAUGGAUCUAGAGAGGACUCUUCCAGUCUGCUCGAGGUGGAGUAUUAUGAUCCACUGGCUCAGAGCUGGUUUUCAGUCAGUCCUCUGCCUAUUGCAGUCUUCUACCCCGAGGCCAGUGCUUGCGGCAGCAUUAUCUACACACUGGGAUCAGAGGUGGAGAUAACUGAGUCUUUCAACCCCUCACUUGACUGCUUCUUCAGCUUUGACGCCCAACAAGACCAGUGGAGCCGCCUGGUGGCAGAGUUUGGCCAGUUCUUCCACGCAACGCUGGUCAAGGCUGUAUCGAUUCACAAAACGCUGCACCUCUGCGACCUGUCCACUUACAAGGUGUACAGUUUCUGCCCACAGACAUGCGCGUGGAAGGGUGAGGGAUCAUUUGAGUGUGCAGGGUUCAACGCUGGGGCAGUUGGUACGAAAGACAAAAUUUACAUCCUCGGUGGAGACUAUUCCCCGGAUGAGAUUACAGAUGAAGUCCAGGUAUACCACAGUGACAGGAGUCAAUGGGAGGAAGUGUCGCCCAUGCCCAGAGCGCUGACUGAAUUCCACUGCCAGCUCAUCAGCUUCAACAGGCACAGUGACCCAUGGGGGGACAUAUGAUGCACAAAGAGCACAAGCAUUCUAACUGACAGAAAAGAGUCUUUUUUUGCGACAUCGCCACAAAUGAUCACAUCCUUUCGGAACAUCUUUGCAUUGUAGCCAGGGGUACACAAUGAACUAACACCUCCACUUUCAUAAAUCAUCUUUGCAAUUUGUCACCUGAGAUGUUAUUUGAUUUUGUAUCAUUUAAAGGCCUAAUCCAUUUGCAGAUGAAUCAGAAACACGUGUCAUUUAAUUACCAUGGUGCCAAACACUCUGUGGUCCCUCCCAUGGGUGAGCAACAUUAAGCAGAAGCCUAUUUUUUUAACCCCAUGCUUCCUCUCUGUGUGAUAUAUAUAUAUAUAUAUAUGUAUAUAUAUACAUGUGCAUGUCAAUAAAUUAUAAUAUGGCGCAAAAGCUAUUUGAUUUCAACUCAGACUAACAGACAAAUUAAAGGCUCAGGAAGUUUUUGCAGUUGAUUUGCAGAUAAGCAUGCGAACCAGCAGUUUACAAGAUUGAACAUUUGGACAAUUUCAAACAUUUUGAAGCGGGAUGUGUGAUAAGCUAUAAUCAUGAAAUUGAUUAGGAAGUAAUUUCACUGUGUGUGUUGUGACUCUUUAGAAAAUAAGAGUUUCAAUUUUGGAAUAGAACUACUGGCAUGAAUUUACUUUUUAAAGAUAUUCUUUUUCACAGAGAUGUGCACGAGAUGCUCACUCAUUGUAAGUCUGUUCAUUCAUUGUAAAAUGGAGAUGUUGCCAUGAUACUGUCUUCAUGCACUGUCUUCCUUUUUUGCACAAAUUAUACUUUAGCAAAGUUUCCCCCCACCUGCAUUUUUCAAACCUUCCAUACUUCAGAUGGACUCGAUUUAGUUUGCUUCUUAAGGUCUCAGGUUGCAUCUUAAUUUUAUGUGAAGAAAACAGAAAGCCAAAUCAACCAAAUUGUGACUUUAUUGUCAGCAUAAACAUUUCCUUUCCACUUUGACACCCAAAUCACUUCAAAGGUCAAUGGUGUAUCUUACAGAGUGAACAAGUGUGUUAAGCAUCAUAUUCUUAUUGAUGACAUUACAAUGUUUAGAAAUACCUAAAAAAGCUGGUUCGAUUCCUGACGUUUUGUUUACCCACCCCUCUUUUGUGGGACUCCCCUUUGUUGCUCUCAUACCAGAGCAAGGCCUCGUGCAAAAGAAGCACUGAAAGGCACAUAAUAAUCCUGGAACCUCUGAUACCGUAACUGCAUCAAAAUCACAGGGUUUCCAGAGCACUGGCAUCUGGACAUUAAAUAGCAGCAGAAACCAUGCAGGCUCCGUAGAAUAUCCCCCAUCUCCUCAUCCACAAGCUAUGUGGAAGGGAAUAUUUUAGUCCUGAUAUGUUUUAACCAGCAGCCACAUCAGCAGAACAGUGAUUAAGACGAUCAUGAAGUUGAGAAAGAGUUCCUGAGCAGAGCGGUCCAUGGCUGUCGGGAUGCAGACGCUGGCGAGGAGGCAGCAGAUUUUUAUGGAAGUGGAGUUGAGGAUGGAAUUUCAAGAUUUGGGUGGUGUUUUGUAGACCCGCCCAACACCUGAGAUUGGAAAAGAAGAAAGGUUGUAUAUAAAGCAAAAAAAGCAUUGAUUGGGCAUGGUACCUACUAAAAUGCCACAGAUUAGAGUCAUCAGUCAAGUCCAGAGAUAAUCUAUUUGACUUGGAAAAAAGGAGCUCUUACCUUUUUCUGUGUGGUCGCUACAAGCAGGAUGGUAGUUGAAUGAUCCGGCAGGACAUUUGUUUGUCUUGAUUUCCAAAAACCGCAGCGUCUUCACUUGUGUUCCCUGCGUGUCUAUUUGCGGCCAACGUUAUCCAGCUUUCUGCCCUCGCCGGGUGCAGGACUCGCUCCUAAAGUAGCCAGCCUCAGUGGACCGCCCAUGGGUCACACACAAACGUAGUGAUGUCACACACAGUUUUCAGUGAACAACCAAUCAAGUGUGUUAUUGACCACAAUCUGGUCCACUGGAGUCUCUCCUGCAGCACAUAACCAUACACAGGCUCUUUAUCUCUGGUUUAUUUAUAAAUCAUUAUUGCUACAGAUACAGUGAGGAUUACAGUUGCUCUAAAUACAAUACCCGCAUCAUCUCGUGGAUAAAGGAAUGUGUAACAGUAUCAGGGCGGUGAAGCUAUGCACAAGAUGAAUAAAGCAGGAAGCUUGUAGGUUGAAGUUCAGCUGAUGCUACCAUUCAUUAUGUUGACAUCCUGUCUGGACACCACACCCCACUUUCACUCCACCGUGUGUUUGUUGCUCUGUUCCAGGGGUUUUCUUAGUGUGGCACAGUGGGCCUCCCCUCAGAGGCCGACGGGACCUCCCUUACUUCCUGAAAAGCUGAUCUUCCGCAGCAUAUUUUGCUUUUCUUCUCACCGCGGUUGACUCUGACUGCUGGAACUAAAAUCUAUUCAUUUUGCCUUUGACAUAACUGAUGUUAGCAGGUGUUAAAAAGGUUGUUUUUAUUUUUCUCAAGCUGCUGUGCUUCCCGCGAAUUCAUGCCGCACAUUUUGAAAACCCCGGCUGUAUUUAAUUGGAUGUUUGAGCUUAAGUGUUAAUAGAGCUGUCAAAAACAAUGCAUUAACGGCGGUAACUAAUUUACUUCAUUAAUUGCAUUAAUUAUUUUCACGUAAAUAACGCAUAGCAUCAUGGCAAGCCACAGCUAUCUGUUUUGACGACAGACGGCGGCACAGUGUAGCUCACACAGUCUCUGACGCUCUUUUUAACUUCACUCUUACUUGAACACAUCAACAGCAGUGCAAUUCCAACACCAUAUACCUGUACUGUAUGUAUCUCCAACUCCAAACAAACACGCCUCUAGUCCAUUUGUAAUUGCAACGACACUUCCUCAUUGUCACCAGACAGACCGCGAGAUGCAUUCACGGACGCUCCGAACGUCACAAUAACAUCUUUAUUAUGCGCGAAUGUGCGGUCUAAGUAAACAUAAAUGCAAAGAAAAACAAUAAGUGGAUAUUCUUAUCACUCACUUUGUAACUCUUAAAGCGGAAGUACAAUUUUCUGCAUUUAAGUAUGCACGGAAAUCCCAGAAAAUUCACUCAAAACUUGUGACUUCAACUUAAAUGACGUGGUGUCUGUGAACGCAACUCCGCGUUGCUCAUAAUAACACCGUUAAAGUCUGAUUCAAGUGUUCGGCUAUUAAAGAAACCAGUGUCAUUUGUCUUUUUCAAUAAAAUACAGUAAAAACGGGCAUAUUUCAGACACAGUGUGACAUGCUGAUUAAUCAUGAUUCAUUAAUUUGGAAACCAUGAUUAAUCUGAUUUAAAAAUUUGAAUCAUUUGACAGCCCUAAUUGUUAAGUGUGCGCAGUUCAUACAGUUGAAUUGAGGCUUGAGGAUAAAUACAUUUGACUUAACAGGUUAAUGUAACUAGUGAAAUAGUGGAGUGUAUUCAGUUUUUGCUGUUUUCUAAAAUGUGCUUUAUAAUGCCCUGAAAAUGGGCGUUGCUUAUAAAUAAAUAGUGUUAGUCUGUCUAUGGCGAUGCUUCAAUGGCGUGAGUAAACUAAACUGAACUUUAGAACUAAUUGUUAUACGUUUUUGCAGAUGUCUCAGCUCAUUGUAUUAAUGUAUUCUGACAAACAGGCGAUUGUAUUCAGGAGGCUGGUGCCAGCAACUCAUACAGUGGUUUAAACAGAAUAUAAAGUAGUAGUUUUCCAUAGAAAACUUUUCUAUAGAAAAAAUCUCUUAAAGGCACAGGUUGUCUGAUAUUCAGGGUUGUUUUAUAUUUGAGUCAAUACGGUACAAUAAAGCAUCCAGUGGCAAAGUGGCACUUUACUAGUUAUCUGUCUGCAUUCCUCUUCUUCUGUGUUGUACUGGGACCAAGAAAGAGUCUGACAGUUGGCCAGCAAACUUCUCUGCUCAUCUCACACUUGACAGCUGCUUAGACCGGCAUUAGCUCUCAACUGGUGCUAAACCGCGUGACACGCACACCUUCUCCUGUGCGGCCACCGGGGUCACGGCAGGACAACGUGUCUGUCUUGAACCUUUCCAUCGCAGGGCAUUCCCGGGGGAUUGAAGAGAUCAAAACGGCUGCCAUUCUGUUCUGCCAAUGGACAGACAAAUAGCUAUUUGACCCAGGGAUUCCCAUUGUCAGAAGAUCCAGUGCUGCUGUGAUUCAAUAUAAAAGGGGCUGAAGUGUGCAGACAGAAUAGACCACAGAACACCCUGACAGCUGUGUGUGUGCGUGUGUGUGUGUGUUGCGCUGGCAGGGUUACCCACUAAAGCAGGUGAGACAGAGAACUGUCCACAGCACCUCACAGACACCAUUCCAUACGUUCUGGGGCGUGUGUGUGCGCGGAGUAAGUGCAUACUGUAUAUGCAUACUGUAUAUAGACUUUACUUGACUAUACCGUGUAGGCAGCCCACAUUGUGGAUCCAAAACUUGGUGUU